UCCUUCUGGCAACACAUAUUGUAAAAUGAAAAAUAAAAGCUCAGACACCCUGGUUCACGCAGCAGACAGAUGGCGAUGAAAAAUAGUUGCUCAAACGAAGUUAUAUCGGAGUAAAAUCGAGAGCCAGUGAAAAAUUGGAUUUAAUUAGAAAUAUUUAAAAUAUAUGAAGUGAAUUUCAGUGAAUUUUUAAUAUUUUAUCAUUAGAUAGUAUGUUGAUAUGAAAAAAGAGCAUCAAGCCAAUCUGUUUCAAAGUUAACCAUCGGCUGAUGAACAAAGUCGCCAAGUGAAAAUUUUAGUGUAUACCGAUUAAUUACCACACAAAUAUAUGUUAGUAAAUAUUCAAUAAUAAAUAAAUCAUUGUGCAAAAGUGUGUAAAAAAUAUAAUUUACAAUAUUUAUAUACUACUGUGCCGGCAAAAGUGCUUUCGCCAGUAUUAAUAUACGGUCGAAAUUUUUUUUGCUACAGUUAACGAGCGCCGCCCUGAAGUAGUGUACCUAGUAUCUGCUUUGUGCUUUCAACUCUUCAGUGAUUUCCAUAUUGCACUUUGAAUUUUUAUGGGAACAAAUUCUGGGAUCAUAUAACUGGAUUAUCAACGAUAUUUUUGGGCAUAGCUACAUAAUGCAUAGUAAUAAAAAGCUGGGGCUGUGCACUAUUGCUUUUUCCUAAAAACCGAAAAUCGUCUCCGGAGACAAAUUGCUGCCGUUGCGUAUAACAUCUGAACUACUAGCGAGUACCCGUAGGACGACGCCUCCUCCGCGCUUAGGGGAGUACUGGAAUGUUGGAAUAUCCCCAACGAUUUGCACGUAAUAUCCCCGAUUCCUCAACGGCGAAUAACGUUCCGAUAGUACAACAACAACAACAGCAGCAGCAGCAGCAACAACAACAUCAACAUCAAUUACACCAUCACAAUCAUAAUCAUCAUCAACAGUUACAUCAGCAGCCACACGUACUGAUCGGCAAUAGCAGUGGUGGUGGCUUAAUCGGUGCCCACUACCACCAACAAUAUCCAAUCCAACCAUAUCCAACAACACCGGGCUCGCCAGCACACCAGCAUCGGCAUAUACCAGCAGCGGCCGCCUCAUAUCAACAACAACAACCACCACGUACGCAGUCCCAACAGCAGCAACACCAACGCACCCUGUCGACCGCAUCUAGUUGUAGUGCACAGCACAAGAGUGUGACCUUUGGUCAAGUGACGGCAGCGUCCAAUAUCGUCGGUUACGCAGGCGAUUAUAGCGGCGGCAGUAGCAGCGGUAACUCUAGUUGCGGUCAACAAUCAAUGGCGGGCAACAUGAAGCACGGCAAAUCACAAGAAGACGUUUGCUACGUUGUAGCCAAAUAUGAUUAUGCUGCGCAAGGAGCGCAAGAAUUAGAUUUGAGAAAAAAUGAAAGAUAUUUACUGCUCGACGACUCGAAACAUUGGUGGCGCGUGCAAAAUAAUCGCAAUCAAUCGGGUUAUGUACCUAGCAAUUAUGUAAAGAAGGAGAAACCGUCAUUAUUCGAUAGCAUCAAGAAAAAAGUGAAAAAAGGCUCGGGCUCGAAAACAUUACCAAAUUGUUCACCCUCAAGACAAAUUGAAAGUCCAACAAUGUCACGACGUUUGCCACCCGAUCCAGCCGAGGCUAUUGGCACUGCGAUCGUUAAAUAUAAUUAUCAAGCCCAACAGCCAGACGAGUUAUCGCUGAGCAAAGGCACACGUAUUCUAAUACUCGAGAAAUCCAAUGAUGGUUGGUGGCGUGGCCAGAGUGGCAAUGCAGUCGGUUGGUUUCCGAGCAAUUACACAACUGAAGAUUGUGAUAAUGAUGGUGAAAUACACACAUAUGCCAUGGCGGAAAAUGUACUUGAUAUUGUGGUUGCGCUAUAUAGUUUCUCAUCGAAUAACGACCAAGAGUUGUCAUUUGAGAAGGGCGAUCGUCUCGAAAUUGUUGAUCGUCCUGUUUCUGAUCCAGAUUGGUAUAAAGCAAGAAAUAAUCAAGGUCAAGUCGGUUUAGUUCCACGAAACUAUCUUCAAGAGUUAAAUGAUUAUUUAGCUACACCGUUUCGCAAUAAUGGCGGUGGCAAUGGCAAUGGUGGUGGUGGUGGUGGUGGUGGCGGCGGCGGCGGCGGUAGCAGUGGCGGUGAUUCAAUCGAUCGACGCAAUGACGGUAUAUCAACGCAAUCGUCACCACCUAUGGCACCAAUGGAACGGCCCAAUUUGGCUGGGAAAUCUUGGUACUAUGGCGCCAUCACACGCAGUCAAUGCGAUACCGUGUUGAAUCAACAUGGACAUGAUGGUGAUUUUCUUAUAAGAGACAGUGAGACUAAUAUGGGUGAUUAUUCGGUUUCUCUCAAAGCGCCCGGCCGCAAUAAGCACUUCCGUGUACACGUUGAGAACAACAUGUAUUGCAUUGGCCAACGUAAAUUUCACACACUAGAUCAAUUAGUAGAUCAUUACCAAAGAGCACCAAUUUAUACGAAUAAGCAAGGAGAGAAAUUAUAUUUGGUACGACCGUUACCAAAGGCCAAUGGCACGUAAACAAACUACAUUUGCGGCAGCAGUGCGGCAUCGUAGACCUCGUUAUGCCUACUCAUUUCAUCUGGAAGGAAAAAUUACAAGCAACAUCAUACAUACAUACAUGCACACAUCUCAAAGGAAUAUAAAACAUUGAUACUAGCCACAAAAAAGAAAAAAAAUGAGAGAAGUUUACUGCUGUUGCUAAUCCUGCUAUUACUUACUAAUACUAUUUUGGCGGUAUCAUACACAAAUUACGAUAUUAUUAUUUAAUUUUAUUGAUAUACAUAAAUGUAAUGCAAAAUACGAUAUUAUUAAUAACGAUUAUAUGUAUGUAUAAAAACAAAUAUGAAAAGCUAUUGCGCAAGCGCUGAACGAAAUAAGAAUUAUUAAAGCAAACAUGAUAACAAUUAGAAAGUCAAAACAGUUGAAUAUCGUCAAAUUAUUAUCACAAAUUAAUGCGAAAUACAUAUUUGCUAUUUUAAACUAAAACCAGCAAAGCGAUUAACUCAGAAAGCGACUACCAAAAAAAAAAAAGGCAUAUUGAAAAAUUCAAUUUAUAUAUGUAUAUGUAUUGCAUAAAACUUAUGAAUCACUUAAUGGAUAAAUAAAUAUUAAAUAUACAUAUAUAUAUAGAAAAGUAUAGCGCAUAACAAAUAAGCCACUUUCAUUAGUACUAUAUUCAUAUAUAUACAUACGUACAUACUUAUGUAAUUAAUUAAUUAAUUUUUUAUUAAUUAAUAUGACUUUUAUUUUAGAUUAUUUGUGCUUCUUCAACUCUUUGAAAGGCAGUUUUGAAGAAGGCAAACACCACGGAAAAAAGCGGGUUAAUUCGAUAUAAGUUGCUAACAAUUUUCUAGUUGCCAGCAUUUUACGACAAUAUACAUACAUACAUACAUACAUACAAAAACACAUAUUCAUAUAUGCAAUUAGAUAUAUGUACGCGUAUGUAAGUGUGCUGGAGCAGCGGUGCGAAAUGCAAACGUAUGCGCACUGAAAUCUCAUUGUUUUGAUUUUCGUACACAUUUUUAGAUAUUUUUUAUAAGACAUUGAAAAAUCGCGAUUAUUUAUAAGCUUCGAAUAGAUUUUUUUUACCAACGUAGUAAUGACAAAUAUGUAGUUGUCAAUAUGUUUUCUUUAUGUAAUGAAAUUAAUUUAUUUAGACAAAUGUAAAGUAUGAGUACAACAAAUGUUUAACUUAACUGACUUAUUAGUGCUAUUUAUUUUGUAGCGAUCUUAGGCGCGAAAAUUAAUUGGACUGUGUACAAGUAACAGCGGCUAUCUAAUAUGUUUGGCGACUACUCGGGCCAAUCAAUAACUCGUUGUAAGAAAAUAUUUUUUUUAUAUGAUAUAAAACACUUAACGUGCUUAGAAAAAUAGACAAGUCUACUUUGCUACUAUUUCUGGUGAGUCUACAAUUUUUUCAAAGUUUUAUAGCAGAAUUUGCAUACAAAAAUUUAAGUGUUUAGAAAAAUGUCAGUAUACUUCGUAUGCUUUUUCUUUUACCAACUGACUUUGAAUAUUGUUGGCAUUACAUUAUACGUUUCAAAUGCAAUUUUUCCCCCAAAAAUAUACAAAAUAUAUUAAAGCUUCAAACUCAAUUCUGUCUCAUUAGCACUUUUAGUGUGUUCAGUUGAGUGCUUUUAUAAAUUUUUUUUAAAUAAUAUAUAGUGCUUCAUUGUAAAAAUAAUUGAAGUCUAUAUUGCUUUGCUAACAAAAAUAUUUAAUACAUUUCUUAUGUGAAAUUUAGUGUUUUUUAUCAAGUUUGUAGCUUAAAUAAAUUGUAGAACUUUUUAGUGUUCGAAAUUUAAUAAUGCUUUUCCACAAUAUUCUCAAAAAAUUAGUGUGUACAUGCAUAGAAAAAUUGGGGGUACUCAUAAAAUAAUAAAAUUCUUUUUUAAGUAAAGCUCUGUAAUGGCAUAGAAGUGACGUCACAAAUAUUCAUACCAUAUGUAUAACUUAACUAGAAAAGACAGCAUACACCAUAACCCAUCCAAAAUGAAUAACGAAAGUCAUUAAUCAGAUAAUAAAAGGUGUGUAGUAGAAUGCAAAGAAAAACUAUUUCAAAGGGUUUGUGAUUAAGUUGGUAAGUAAACAGAAAAUACGCUAAUAAGAAAAAAGAGAUGUGAAAGGCGAUUAGUUUAUAAGAUUUCAGCCGCUUUACAAUUACAAAUUUUUCUUUUGCAACACACCAAACCAACACUACAUUCACACGUACAUAAAUUUUUUCACUUCAAUUAGAACUAGCAACGCAUAUAAAAAAGUUUAUAUACAUACAUAUAUACAAUAUAUUACAUUAUUGUACUAUACUAUGCAUAAUUAAAUUAAAUAUAUGUAUGCAUUUUCAUAACUAUUUAAAAAUUUAUUCAAAAACAACAUGAAAUGGUGAUGAAAGAAAUAAAAAUAAAAAUUAAAAAAAAAAUAAAAUAAAAUUAAUAAAAAAAAGCAACAAUAAUUAAGACACAUUUUAAAUAGCGCCGUAUAAUAAACAAUUAUAUAUAAUAAUACAAACUAAAACUAUGUAUGUAUACGUGCUCUACUCUGUUCAGUAUGCGUAAAUAACAUGCGUGGUCUCCAUGCAACUAGCUGCUCAGAGCUCUGUAGUCAACUACAUAUGUAUGUAUUUAACACUAAGCCUUGGAGGAGCACCCUAUGCCAGCCCGCUUCUACCUUUUUACCAACGGUAAAAUACUUUCGAACCAGCCCAGCUGCUUCCGUUUAUAUUAUAUUAAAUGUAAUAAUAAAUUAUCAAUAUAAAUAUAUAUUUACAUAAAUAUAUACUACUAUAUAUGAGUAUGUAGGUAAUAUGAAUAAAAAGAGAAUAUUCUAAAAGUCACACUUGCGAAUAUACAUACAUAAAUGCAUAUAUAUAUAUAUAUAGUUUAAUUCUUAAAAAUUUAAAUUUUUAAUAUUAAAAUAAAUUAUUAUUAUUGUAAGUUUAAUUAGUAGACAGAACACGACGGCUUUUGGCUUCCUUCAGUAGAGUCUGCGAUUUGUGAGAGUACGAGGAGUUUUAUUAAAAAAAAAUUACUUUAUUUAGAAAAGAAAAUGUGUUUAAUUUAGAGUUAAGUUUAUAGUUUUUGAUUUGUUUGAUUUUUUUUUUUUCGAAUGUGUUCACAAUAGUAUAGACAUGGUGAAAUUAUUAUUGUUAUGCUAAGUUGGCAAUUAAUUUGACAAAUCAAAUGGCUUCACAUGGCAAGAAGAAUUGAAACGUAUUUUCUCUUCGCAGUUAACUUCAUAACGUAUCUAACUCUGGCAUUAAAUGUUUUUGGUCAUUGUUAUGCUACUUUUCUUCUCUUUAAAGAACAAAGCUACCAAUUUUAGAUAAAAAAUAAAAAAAAUUUAAAUAUUUGGAAAAUUUUAAUAUUUAUCAAAAGCGAUUAAGUAUUAAAAGAUGCUUUUAAAAAUCGUGUAUAGGGAGUUUAUAGAGUAAAUGACUUUCACGAACGUUGUAUUACAGCUUUUGUAAGUUGUAUGAAGGAAUAGAUAUUGGAGCUGAGUGGCAUCUGCCUGUCUAUUAAAAGCAAAUUAUUCGUACCAGUUUCAAAGAAACUUUGUAAGCAGGCAGAAUAUUGAUUUAUUUGUAUCUGAGAGUGUUGGAAAUUGUUUCACCUUUAUCUUUGCUCUAUUUAUAAUCUACUUAUAAUAAAAAGCAACAAAUUGAAACCAAUAUAUCGCUUAGUCCUCUGUGUAAUGCCUACGUUUACAAUACAAAAACAAUUAUUAAAACAUCUCCAAAUUGAAUAUAUAAUUUAUAAGUUGUCAGAUAAAAUAUUUGUGAGCAAACACAUUUAGUGUCGAAAAUUUUGGAGUAACUACCUUAUAGAAUUUCUUUACCAAGUCUGAUUAAAAAAUUAACCUCUUUUAUGCGGCGGUUUUAUUCCGGUCGUGAUUAAAAUUCAAUCAAACUUUUACUACUUUUUUUUUAUAUAUAACAUGAUUGAAAAUUGUUGCUACUUAAAAGCUCACUUUAUAAUAUUUUUAUAUUUACAAAGGCUCUUAAUUAAUAUAGAAUUUAAGUAGUUAAUAUUGUGCGGGAUAAAGAAACGGAUAUUUGAAGGUAUUACAUUUAAUUUUUUGAAGUACAUAUACACGCUUCUUCAUAAAUAUAUCUGAAUUAUGGAGUUUUUCUGUGAAGACAAGCUCUCCACUUAGCAGUUAAACGUGUACCUGCGUAUAACCUUUUCAGAAUUUCCACAAUUACGAAUUGCUUUUUUUUUUAAUAUUAGAAUGGACCAGACUUUGGUGGAAUAUUUCCUUCAAAUUAAAUCGAAAAGAAUUUUUCUUAUAUUUGUUGCAGUUGAGAUAGACAAUUACAAGAGAGCAAGCUUUGCCUGAAGGCCCAUGUUAAAAAAUGAAUGGAGUAAUCAUAAUACUUUUUUCUACUAUUAUAAAACCAUUCGCCACUAUUCCAAUGAGACUGCCAAUUUUGUCAAAAUUUCUUUUCAUACCUUCGCUGAUUACACCACGGGAAGAGCAGCUUAGGAAAAUUUAUGCUUUCAAAAAAAAAAAAAAAAAA